GCACGCGGAGGUGGUCGAGGUCGUCGGCGUCUACCAGGUGGACCAGCUGUGCAGGGGGGCGCUGGCCUACCUGGAGUCGCUGCGCCUGGCGCUGGGCUCGAUGGUGUGCCCGGCGCGGUUCCGUGGCGAGAGCGGGCUGCUGGAGAAGCUGGGCCACCGUUCUUCGUGGAAAUACGCUACCUGGCGGGGGCUGGGGGGGACAGCGAGGCGUCGGCCGGGGCGGCGGCCGCGUGGGACAAUGCUGAGCAGGAGCUGCGGAAGGUGUCCACGCGCCUCGAGGAGUGGGCGGCGCUGUCGCGGGCUGGGGCGGCGCAGUUUGACGCCCAGUCCUACAGCGCGUUCAGGUCGAUCUUGGACCGCAUGUACGAGAUGAUCUCGGACUUCACGCGCUCGAUGGCCGAGGACCUGGGCGGGCUGCUGCGCGCGCCGAACUUCCUGCCCCGGGAGAUGUUCCCAGACCCCCCGGGGGCGCGCCCGCCGGGCGCGGGCCUGGCCUCGAGCGUCUUCGCCGAUUCCCCGCGCGGGCGCUCCCUCCGGCACGGCUUCCUGGAGGCCCUGCGCCGGCCGGUCCCGCCGCUCGCGCAGCCGGCGUUCUCGCCGGGCUUCGAGGAGUGCGCGGAGCUGCCGCCGGCGCGGACGCCCGCGGGGCUGCCGCCGGAGUUCCUGGACGCCCCGGCCGCCUGGGCGCACCGCGACGUCUCGGGCGGGUCGCGGCGCGUCGCCUCGCCGAUGCAGCCUGCUGCUGGCGGCGGCGCAGCACACCCGGCUCUCGGACCUCUUCAUCUCGAAGUGUCGCCCUACGUGCUCUCGCCGAGCCCGGAGUGCGGGUCCAAGGAGGUGGCCUACGACCCCAGCCACUGCCUGCUGGACCAGGGCUGGGCGGGAUACUUCUUCCAGAUGAACCCCCUGCCGCCGUACAACUUCACCGUGGUCUACGCUGGGAAGCCCCUCGGCCCCGGCGUGCGCAUGCCGCAGAUGGACGUGCACAGCAUAGACGUGCCCUCCAUGGACACGCAGUGGAGCAGCCUGGUGUCCACGUUCAAGUCCAUGAACCACCACAGCCCCGACACCCUCUUCGUGAGCCCCCUCCUCGGCAACUGCCUCAUCCUGGACCGGCUGCUGGGGACGGGCUCCGUGCGGCCCAAGCUGAUCUACGCCCCGAUCAACCCCUUGGCGGCUCCGCCGGCCGAGGACACGCCCAACCUCGUGCAGUGGUGGAGCGCCCACGCGCAGGACUUCUUCGACCAGCUGACCGGCCAGUGGCAGACCACCAACGUGAACCACGUGCCAGUGACCACGUCGAUCUGGCAGGCUCAGUGUUCGCUGGCUUCCACGGACAAGAUUCUGCACAAGCACGGUUACCGCCUGUUGCAUGUGGAGCACACCUAUGCUAGGAUGCAGCUCCGGCACAAAGGACGGCGGCCCCCGCGGCCGUUGCGCCGGCGGGCUGUGCGAGUGCUUCCCGCCGUACCGCGGGCCCCUCUGCGAGCACACGGAGGACGCGCGCGUGCCGCAGACGCUCCGGGCGGCCGUGCACUACAUCACCGCGGAGACCGAAGGCGACCUGUCCGACCUCACGCGCUCGCUGGUAAGCCUCUGGGAGCGGCUCAACUGGCGCCGCGACUACCCGGUCUUGGUCUUCCACGAGGGCCUGUCGCCAGCCGCCCGCGAGCGCAUCGUCGGGGCUUCCGAGAACCGCGUGUGGCUGGUGAUGCUCCCGAAGUUCAAGGAGGUCCCCGAGGAGUGGGCCGCGCAGGCCAGCAGGAUGGCGCAGGACUUCUCGGUGGGCUACCGCGCCAUGAUACGCUGGAGGUCGGGGCCCGUCUUCCUGGAGCCGGCGCUGGCGAGCUUCGAGUACGCCAUGACGCUGGACACCGACUCGUACUUUCCGGCCGACCUGGCGGAGGAUCCGUUUGA